CCUCCUGGCCGUGGGAACCGGAUCUGUCUAUGCAGUUUUCAGACUCGAAUAAUUUGCCGGAAAGUGCUAAUCUAGAAGGGUCCCUGUUGGUCUGAAGAUGUCUUGAAAUAGAAAUAUGUCCGUUUUCACCUUCUAUGUCAGGAGUGCGAGGAGGGGGCUGUCUGGGUCAUUAUGUGCGCGGCGGUCAAGUACAGCCUCCGGGGUCCGGCCCUCAUCCCGAGAAUGAAGACCAGGCACCGAAUCUACUACGUUACCCUCUUCUCCAUUGUCCUCCUGGGCCUCAUUGCCACCGGCGUGUUCCAGUUCUGGCCCCAUUCCAUCGAGUCCUCCAACGACUGGAGUGUGGAGAAGCGCAGCAUCCGCGACGUGCCCGUGGUCCGGCUGCCAGCCGACAGCCCCAUCCCCGAGCGGGGCGAUCUCAGUUGCAGGAUGCACACGUGUUUUGAUGUCUACCGCUGCGGCUUCAACCCGAAGAAUAAGAUCAAGGUGUAUAUUUACUCUCUGAAAAAGUACGUGGAUGACUCUGGCGUCCCAGUCAGCAACACCAUCUCCCGGGAGUAUAACGAGCUGCUCACGGCCAUCUCAGACAGUGACUACUAUACCGACGACAUCAACCGCGCCUGCCUGUUUGUCCCGUCCAUCGAUGUGCUUAACCAGAACGCGCUCCGCAUUAAGGAGACAGCACAAGCGCUGGCCCAGCUCUCGAGGUGGGAUCGAGGUACAAACCACCUGCUGUUCAACAUGUUGCCUGGAGGUCCCCCUGAUUAUAACACGGCCCUGGAUGUCCCCAGAGACAGGGCUUUGCUCGCUGGUGGUGGCUUUUCUACGUGGACCUACCGACAAGGCUACGAUGUCAGCAUUCCUGUCUACAGUCCGCUGUCCGUUGAGGUUGACCUCCCGGAGAGAGGACCAGGUCCACGGCGGUACUUCCUCCUGUCGUCUCAGACAGCUCUCCAUCCCGAGUACAGAGAGGAGCUGGACGCCCUCCAGGCCAGGCACGGCGCAUCGGUGCUGGUGCUGGAGAAGUGCACCAACCUCUCUGAGGGCGUCCCGGCCGUGCGCAAGCGCUGCCACCGGCACCAGGUCUUCGAUUACCCCCAGGUGCUGCAGGAGGCCACUUUCUGCAUGGUCCUUCGCGGAGCUCGCCUGGGCCAGGCGGUGUUGAGUGAUGUGUUGCGGGCUGGCUGCGUCCCGGUUGUCAUUGCCGACUCCUACAUUUUGCCUUUCUCCGAAGUUCUUGACUGGAAGAGAGCGUCUGUGGUUGUGCCAGAAGAAAAGAUGUCAGACGUGUACAGUAUUUUGCAGAGCAUCCCGCAAAGACAGAUUGAAGAGAUGCAGAGACAGGCCCGGUGGUUCUGGGAAGCGUACUUCCAGUCCAUUAAAGCCAUCGCGCUGGCCACCCUGCAGAUUAUCAAUGACAGGAUCUACCCGUAUGCCGCCAGCUCCUAUGAAGAGUGGAAUGACCCUCCGACCGUGAAGUGGGGUAGCGUGAGCAACCCACUCUUCCUCCCGCUGAUCCCGCCACAGUCUCAGGGCUUCACCGCCAUCGUCCUCACCUACGACCGAGUGGAGAGCCUUUUCCGGGUCAUCACCGAAGUGUCCAAGGUGCCCAGUCUAGCCAAGCUGCUGGUCGUCUGGAAUAAUCAGAAUAAAAACCCACCAGAAGAUUCUCUCUGGCCCAAAAUCCGAGUCCCGUUAAAAGUCGUGAGGACUGCUGAGAACAAGCUGAGUAACCGUUUCUUCCCGUACGACGAGAUCGAGACGGAGGCGGUCCUGGCCAUUGACGACGACAUCAUCAUGCUGACCUCUGAUGAGCUGCAGUUUGGUUAUGAGGUCUGGCGGGAGUUUCCUGACCGCCUGGUGGGCUACCCGGGCCGCCUGCAUCUCUGGGACCAUGAGAUGAACAAGUGGAAGUACGAGUCUGAGUGGACGAACGAGGUGUCCAUGGUGCUCACGGGGGCGGCUUUCUAUCACAAGUAUUUUAACUACCUGUACACGUACAAAAUGCCUGGGGACAUCAAGAGCUGGGUGGAUGCUCAUAUGAACUGUGAAGACAUCGCCAUGAAUUUUCUGGUGGCUAACGUCACGGGGAAAGCUGUCAUCAAGGUCACGCCGCGCAAGAAAUUCAAGUGUCCCGAGUGCACAGCCAUCGACGGGCUCUCGCUCGACCAGACUCACAUGGUGGAGAGGUCUGAGUGCAUCAACAAGUUCGCCUCCGUCUUUGGGACAAUGCCUCUUAAGGUGGUGGAGCACCGAGCUGACCCUGUCCUGUACAAAGACGACUUUCCUGAGAAGCUGAAGAGCUUCCCCAACAUCGGCAGCUUGUGAGACGCGCCACAGAUGGGGCUGAGCGCUAAGCUUGGACAAAGGAAGAGAACACGCUCCCACCAGCACUCUCAUGUCAGGGUGGGGGUUUCAGACUGGAAGAUGACCUCCUGGAUCUUGGCCUCCACUCCCCUACUCUGCUUCCUCGAGAACAGGAUCCUGGAGAGAAUCUCUAAGCACCCUGAGCUGCACAUCCUCUGUUCCAGUGUUUCUCAUGAUCUCCCACGGGUCCUUUGUGAAAAUGCCAAAUGGAAGCCUUGGUGGCCUGCUCCCCGAUUAAUUCCAGCUUGGGCUCCCUUUCUUUGUGGUUCCAGUAUAACAAUCUGAAACGCAGCUUCCAUGACUGUAAGACGGCUGAGGAGAGAAACCUACCAGCCCGUUUAAGAUGUGGGGACUCGUGUAAAAGGUACCCAUGUCUCGCUUUUAGUCAUUUCAAAUCAGUGAGUUCUUUGGAAGAAAAGCCAAGCCCAGAAUUUGGUGCAGAAUCUUAACGUCUUGGGAUUUGAUGGGUGGAUGCCUUUGGCCUGGGGCCCUGGGCUCGUGCAGCGGGAGCCCCGACUGCCGAGCUGGGUCUGUGAGGGCCAUGGACUAUUCGUCUGUGGUUUGGCUUUUUGAUAUGAUUAAAAUUAUUUUUUAUUCUUUUUUCUACUAUGUCUUAAACACUGAUUAUUGGUAAUCAA